CCCGCCCGCCCGCCGUCACGCCGGAUUCCCCUCGCCGCGGUAGAUUCUCGCCGAUUCCGCCGGCGUACGUGCUCCCCGGACGCCGGCGCCGCGCCGGCGUGCCUCCGCUCGUCGACCCCCGCCUGACCCGGCUCGCCGAUUUCGGAGCAGUCAUUUCACAGUAGGCUGGUGAUCAAAGCUAAGCAUAGCAGAUAUUCAACAAAGCAGAUUCAACGCUUAGGAUUGCAAGCAGUAUGGACAUUAUUGACUUAAGUUCAGAUAUUGAGGAAGGCAUCAUUGACCUGUCUUCUGAUAGUGAAGACAACAAUGAGUUUCACUCAUGCAGAGAAGACGAUACAGAUUAUGAUGAUCCUGUUAGUCCUUAUCACCUGCCUCUUGUUCCUUUGAGCACAGCACCUGAUCAGAAAAGCGUGGAACAACCGACCAGCUUGGAAUACGAUGAUUGGCAUGAGAUCGCUAAAAAAGAAUACGAUGAUUGGUUUAGCAGUAGAAAUGCUUCAUCCUCUUACGAUGAUUGGCAUAAGAUCGCUAAAAAAGAAUAUGAUGAUUGGUUUAGCAGUAGAAAUGCUUCAUCCUCUUACAGCCCUGUGGAGAAUAGAUCAACCACUGAAAUGAGCAGUGGGGUGAGCAAUGAUAUCAGUAGGGAUAUUCCAUUAUCAAUAACAUAUGGUUCUGCAGCAAAAUCUGAACAUUUCUAUGUUCCAAGUGUUGAACAUCAGCUUCCACAAUCUUUCACCAAUGGAAGCUUCAGUCCUCAAUCAUUUGCACCCACUCAUUCAAGUUUGGGUGACAACAUAAUCAAGGAAGAGCCUGCUAUGAAGUUUAGUGGUUUUCAAAGAUUCACUGCCAAUGGAAAUGGGAUGUUUUCAUCUACAAUGCCAACAGAUGAUGUCUUUGUAUAUGGAGGUCCGCAUUCACAUAGGAUCUUCCCUCCGCCAAUGUCAUCCAGGACUUCUGUUAAUGAUGCAAAAGUUGAUAAUGAUGUAGAACAAAGGCUUUUUGGUCAUGACGAGAGUGCUGUAUAUGAAGAAGCCCUUAAGCAUAUCAGCCAGGAAAAAGGGGAAGAAGAUCUGCCUGAAGGUGUUAUGUCAGUAUCACUGCUUAAGCAUCAGAAAAUGGCAUUAGCUUGGAUGCUUUCGAAGGAGAAUAGUUCACAUUGUCUGGGUGGAAUUUUGGCAGAUGAUCAGGGUCUUGGGAAGACAAUAUCAACGAUUGCCCUUAUACAGAAGGAGAGGGUUAAGCAGUCUAGGUUCAUGACUUCCGGAUCAUACUGUACAACAUCUGUCCUAAGCAUUGAUGAUGAUGAUGAUGAUGUGGUGAUUGACAUGGACAAGAAAGAACUGAAGGCUGAAACCCUGAACAAGCUACAUGAUUCUACACAAUUGCAUGUUGCCAACAGUCUUAAGCUCUCAGAUUGGCAGUCAGGUACUGUUACUGAUUGUGUUGAACCAAGGAAGAAGACCAGGGUGAAGCCCCCUGCAUCAACCUUAGGGCCCAAGAUUAGACCUCCUGCAGGAACAUUGGUGGUGUGCCCUGCUAGUGUUCUUAGGCAGUGGGCUAAUGAGUUGUCUGCGAAGGUUAUGGAAGGCUCUAAAUUGUCAGUUUUGGUUUAUCAUGGAGGUUCGAGGACUAGAGAUCCAAAUGAGUUGGCAAAAUAUGAUGUUGUUGUCACCACAUACAUGACUGUGGCUAAUGAAGUGCCUAAAGAAAACUCUGAUGAUGAUAAAAAGGAUAGAGAAAUGUCUGGAAUCUGUCCGGAAUUGUGUGUCGGUGGCAAGAGAAAACGACCCAAAAAAAAGCAGAGCAAGGCAAAGAAGAAAAAUAAACCUAGCAAUUCAGAUGGUGGUCCACUUGCCAGGGUACGAUGGUUCAGAGUUGUGCUUGAUGAAGCUCAAACUAUAAAAAACUACCGGACUCAAGUGUCGAGAGCUUGUUGUGGACUGAGGGCCGAGAGGAGAUGGUGCUUAUCAGGAACACCCAUACAAAAUAAAAUUGACGAUCUAUACAGCUAUUUCUGUUUCUUGAAAUAUGAGCCAUAUUCUAAGUUUAGUUCUUUCAAAUAUAUGAUCAAGUACCCAAUUUCUAAAGACUCAGUUCGUGGCUAUAAGAAACUUCAAGCUAUCUUGAGGAUAGUUCUACUGCGGCGCACAAAAGAAACACUAAUAGAUGGAGAACCAAUCUUAAAAUUACCAGCAAAGACAAUCCAGCUGAGUAAAAUAGAUUUCACCCCAGAGGAGCGAGCUUUCUACGUAACACUUGAAGAAGGCUCUCGACAAAAGUUCAAGGCCUAUGAUGCAGCUGGAACGAUAAAGGAAAAUUAUGCAAACAUCCUUGUGUUGCUGUUGCGGCUUCGGCAGGCUUGUGACCACCCUCUUCUUUUGAACGGGCAGGAAUCAGAUCUGAUUGACAAUAACUCUAUUGAAAUGGCAAAGCAACUUCCUAAGCAAACAGUCACAGAUUUGCUUGAAAAGCUGGAAAGAGGUCCUGCAAUUUGUUCCAUAUGCAGUGAUCCACCUGAGGAUGCUGUUGUUGCAACAUGUGGCCAUGUUUUCUGCUAUCAGUGUGUACAUGAUAGCUUAACGGGUGAUGCACAUGUCUGCCCCUAUCCAUUUUGUGGAAAGAAACUAAGUGUUCGAUCUGUUUUUACACCAGCAGUAUUAAAGCUUUCUAUCUUGCCAAAGUUGGAGAUUGAUCAAAAAACUAGUUGUUCCACCGUGGACGACAAAGCAUCUUCAAUCUGUGAUAGCAGUUACAUCUCCUCGAAGAUCCGGGAAGCAGUGGGCAUACUUAAAUCAAUCAUCAAGACACGUGCCAUUACGAUGGGGGAUGAUACUGCUGAAUCAAUUCCAAGCGAAGAGGCCCCUGUUAAGACAAUUGUCUUCUCCCAGUGGACUGGCAUGCUGGAUUUGAUGGAGCUUUCACUGAACAGCAAUAAUAUACAAUUUAGGAGACUAGAUGGGUCAAUGUGUCUCAACUUGAGAGAAAAAGGAGUGAACGAGUUUCAAACUUAUCCUGAGGUGAGAGUAAUGCUAAUGUCGCUGAAGGCUGGUAAUCUGGGUCUAAAUAUGGUAGCUGCUAGCCAUGUUAUUAUGCUUGAUCCUUGGUGGAAUCCUUACGCUGAGGACCAGGCAGUUGACAGAGCACACAGGAUUGGUCAGACCCGUCCUGUUACUGUUUCGCGGUUUACAGUUAAAGACACGGUGGAAGACCGCAUAUUAGCUUUGCAGGAGAAAAAGAGAACGAUGGUCCAAUCUGCUUUUGGUGAGGAUGGUUCCGGUGGCAAUGCUACUCGGCUCACUGUAGAAGAUCUCCGGUACCUCUUCAUGGUGUGAUGGCAACCUGCAAAAUUUCGUGGGGCUGAUGAUUAUUUGCUCUGACAGUCCUAACACAUAGGCUAGGUUAGAUAUCUGGCACCGUUGUUAAUGUAAGUAGAUAUUUGAAGCUGAGGUAGCGUAUGCUUAUGCACCUCACCAUCACUGAUGCUCCAAGCUCACAUCGGCACUGCUCUGGUGGUUGCUGGACAAUGUAGCGUUUGCUGGUUUUCGCAAUUAUGCCCAUGCGUGUUAGUUCGUCAGAGAGCUCUUCCAUCCGCAGGAGAAUAUCUGUACAUAAAUGGCACGGAUAAUCUUGCAUUUUGGUUCUUUGAUUACGGGUCUGGUCUAUGGGCGUGCCUAGAAAUGAAACCUGUAACUGGUGCUGCAGAAGAAGUUGUCUGUGAAUUGUGAUGCAAA